CUAUGAGUGAAUGAAUGCUUUGAAUUGAUUUUGCAGUUAAUUGUCGUUUGAAAGCAAUUCGUAAUACAUUUCAUCGCAAAGUCAUGUCUUUCACGAAGAGUUUGUUUGAGCGACAGAUCGGUUCCAGAGGUCGACCACCGAAGCCGUCCAUUGACCACGCGUUCAGUAAACUAAGUCUUUGUCGACAGUAUCUGUUCAGCGAUUUAAAUGAAGUGGGAGCGCCUCCUCUGGCUCUGGCCCUCAAUCGGCGCCUCCUGUGUGUGGCCAACGAUGGCGGAGACGUGGCUCUGAUGGAC